GCUCUUGAUUGACACGAGUUCUAACCAAUUGAAGUCAUGAGGACACUGUGUUUAUAACAACCUCUUUUUUCCGUACAAGGCGACUGUUUUGACAUCAUGGUGUGGGAGGUGGUAAAGCCAGCUUUGCUGUCAGAUGACCCCGAAAGUCGCAACACACACGGAACUCGACAUGAAACUAAAAACACAGGUGUAAUGAACACACACGGAGACCAGUCACAUGAUCCUCUCCGCUGUGACGAGCACUUCCUCUCCUCACCUAGCUUCCCCACCAGCGAUGUUCACAUGGAAUAUGACGACCUCCCCGAUCUCCAGGAGGUUAAAGAAGAACUAGCAGCUCUACCUGUUUACCAGGUUGAGGCCGGAGUGUCACACCAGGAGAGACUCGGUCACACACACACCUCACCGCCUCCAGAUGCUCUAUGGCUCACGCAGCUAGCGCACAUCGCCACCAGUCCUCAGAGCCCGCUGCUACAGGAGCCACAAAGCAGGUUCUUUUCAGCCAACACGUCGAGCUCCAGCAGUGACCUCCACAGCUACGCACGGCCUCCUCCAGCUCUUCCGAGCAGCACUGGGUUUCCCUCUGGAGCUCCUGGUAGGGAGCGCCGACGCAGCAGGACGAGCAGUGAGUGCGGCUCAGCCGUAUCAACGUGGUCUUCUCUGUCUGAUGAUGAAGACAUGGGCUGGAGUUUCUCCUGGCCACCAACAGCCUGGCACUGUUUCCUCAAAGGAACUCACCUGCGUUUUCACUGUGGCUCACGCAUGGCAUGGCAAGAUGUGGAGGACUUGGAGUCCAACGAAGACAGUGCUGAUGAAGAGCUGUCAAGAUUUCUGAAGAGUUAUGGAUCCGAGGGUCUGCAGCUGGUGGAGCAUGAGGAGACAGUGUCAUCUGGUCAGGCUGUUCUGCAGCUGACCUUUGACCCCGGUGCAUUUGGACACACCCCUGUCACAGCACGGUGUCAGCUGGACCAUCCCUUCUACGUGAAAACCAAAGGAUGGUCGUCAUUUAACCCCAGCUUGACUGUGGUGCAUUUUGGGAUACCGUGCUAUGAAAUGGAAGUAGGAGACACGUGCCUGCCUCCCGGACACAGAGAUGCUAAACAUACGGAUGAUUCACUGGUCUUCGACACGUUUAAGAGUUACGACUUUACUCCCCUGGACUCGUCUGCUGUGUACGUGUUGAGCAGCAUGGCUAGACGUCGUCGUGCCUCUCAGUCCAGCGGGGGCGCUGUUUCUCCAGACAGAGACACUGUACAAGACUGCCACAGUCCCAGCCACCUCAAACAUCAAAAGACAACAAAAAAACAGUGUGUCAAAGGAGGAACCAGUGCCCCGCCCACUAAAUGCAAGCGGCCAAUGAAUGCCUUCAUGCUCUUUGCCAAAAGGUUUAGAGUGGAAUACACACAGAUGUAUCCAGGCAAAGACAACAGAGCCAUCAGCGUCCUUCUCGGAGAGCAGUGGAAGAAACUGCGAAGCGAGGACCGUCAAGUUUUCAUUCUGCAGGCCAGAGCUCUCGCCGAUGAGCAGAAGAGGCUCAACCCUGACUGCUGGAAGCGCAAAAGAAACAACUCUGGCUCCCAAGGAACUUAAGGCUACACAAAGGACAGAACAGCGGAGGGACUGUAGGAUAACACACACACUGACCCCCUCACAUAUGAUCAGAAAUCAUAGACACAGCACAAACUUCUGCGAGUAAAUCACAAAACUUUAGUAAAAACAAGCUUAGCUCCUAAAGCAGUAGUUUGCAGUCGAACAGAGCGGUAUAGUGUCUCCUAUCAGAGAGGACUUUCUUCCAAACAAAAGUUCAACAACAGGUUUUUUUUAUGCAUUCAUCUUUCCUCAGCAAUGUGAAAGAUAUAAGAUCCAUUUUAUGCUUGAAACCAGUAGAGGUUGUGGUGCUGUAGCAGUUUAACCUAAAAGUAUGGCUACGUUUUAAAUCUUAUACAAUAUGAACAUUUUAUUUUCCUACCUGUAUUACUUGUAUUUGGACUCAGUGUUAUUGCACAAGAGUAUAUGAAUAAUCAGUUAUAACUUAGAUCACAUAGUAUUCACUUACUUAGUGGAUAAACACCAAACUUUUAUUUUAUUUUUUUGCCUGAAGCUUUUAUUUUGGAGGAGGAAAUAGAGGUUGGAUUCCCUGUUGGAAGUAUAUCCAAAGAUGCUUUCUACUUGAAAGCUUUAGCUAAUAUUAAUACAAAAUGUAUUAAUCUAUUUUAACUCUUCUGUGUGUGCCAUGAUGCUUUUAUUUUGGUGUCUUUGUGUAGAAAUAAAAAUAAAUUAGCACAGAAAGGGUGUUUAUGAAGAUCCAUGUCACUCCCAGCUUUAUUUGAGGUGUCUCACAUUAAAUCUCCACAACAGAUAGAUCAUUAUUCAGUUCUCACUCCUGUUUCUAUAUGUGGUAUGGAAGCCCAAUACUGCCACUGAAAAAAAUAAAAACCUCACGAGAAACUUAUGUUUCAAAGUCAUAAGUUAGCAUUACAAAAAAUGUGUGAUUCUAUUUGAUAAUAACGACAUUGACGCUUAGUUACCUGCUAUUUUUGUCUCCAUUGGUGGACCUCUUUAAAACCAGAAAACAAAAACCAACCAUAUGUUGUUUUACAUGACUCGUCACAAAACAUUUCAAGAUUAAGUUUUAAUUCAAGGGGAAAACAAGUAAAUCAGUGUGUAUCAAGUUUCUCUGUACCUUAUAGAGAGCAUUCCUAUUAUUUCAAUAUAAACAUAUUCAGUUUUAGCAUUCUGUUAGCUUCUUGCUUUAUCCAACUUAAUGGAAAAGUGCGUAAAAAUCUGUAAUCAAUUAUUACAACUAUGUUAGAAACUGUGAAGUGUCAUGUAGGAAUGACUGGACUUCUACUUUAGCAAAUGCAAAUUUUUUACAAGUUACACACAAAAAAAACAACAUAAAAAACAGCUUUGCUGCAAAAUGUCUAGAAGUUCUAGAUUGUUCUUCAACAAGUGACAAAUGAGCUGUAGGAAGAUUUUUUUGCAAAUAUUAAAGCAUCUUUGCUCUAAUGGAAAUUAUUUUUUUACGUUUGUCCCUUUAAAGUUCAAGCCCAUCGAUAGUUAAUAAUAGAUUUAUCCUGUGUGUAGAGCAUUUAAUCUUAUUUAGAAAAACAUAUCAGAGUAUUGUUAAAUAUUGUAAUAUGGAAGCUUUUUGUCACUUGCCACCAGCCUGAUUAUUACAGGGAAAUUACAAAGGUACAAAACAACCUAAAAGGUGUCAUUCAGGGCCGAAAACAAAAUGAAGGGUCUAGUAAAAGUGAUAUUACUUCUAAUAAUGACCAUGCUUAAACAUCCAGUGCUUUUGUAAAUGAACCAAUCAGAGGAAACCAGGUUUAGUAAAAUCACCUGAUCCUGGUAACGAAUAAAAACAGUUAAUGUUCCAACUGAGUAACGAGGUUUAUUCUUAAUGCACUAUAUACACUUUAUUUUCUGUGACUGCUACAGUAUACUGACAUAUAUAUAUAUAUAUAUAUAUAUAUAUAUAUAUAUAUAUAUAUAUAUAUUUGGUUUGAUCAAAAGUUAACAUUUGGUGGUUGUGCUGUGGAUUAUUUGGCUAUUUUUGCUUUGAUGUCAUGUACAGGUCAAUCAGGGGAGUCACUGCCAUAUAUUGUAUUGAAAUUUUCAAAUAAAAGCAUAUAAUUGUAUGCCCA